GCCCCUUCCAAAAUGGGCAACCCCGACUCCCCCAAACAAUGUUCUCCCUAAGUAGGAAGCUCCGGCUGUCGUUCGAAAUCCCCUUCGGCCAAAUUGAGAAAGUCACGGCCCGGUCCUCGGGCCCCGGGGGGCAGAGCGUCAACAAGGCGGAGACCAAAGUGCAGCUCCGCUUCAACGUGGACGCGGCGAAGUGGAUCCCCCCCGCGGUUAGGGACAAUUUAAAGAAGGUGCACAAGAACCGGCUGAACAAGAACAACGAGCUCAUCGUCGAGUGCGAAGAGACGUCCUCUCAGAUUUCUAACUACAAAAUUUGCGCCGAUAAAUUGAGGGCCCUCCUGGAGGAAGCCGAGAAUUACAAGGAGAAAACCAAAUACACGUCGGUUAAGGAUUUUAUACAUUUGAUAAAGACAGAUGAGCAGAUCAAACGGUAUAAAGAUGGCCUUAUUGACCGCAAGAAAAAGCGAAAGGAGAGAAAGUUUAACAAGAGGGAUUACGAUUGAGCGGAUGGAGGCAGCUCCAAAAGAUGCCAAGCACUUUGCACCGUCGCAUCGCAUGGGUGGACUUCCAUUGGACGAGGAGAAGUUGCGAAUGGACAGGUCACUCCGAAGGGGGUCAACGCAUAGAUCGGCCAGACGGGCAACCCAAUUGGGCACCAUUUAAGGGUAAUCCCAAGGAGCGUCUACAGAUGAGCAUGACCCUCUGCUGUUGUGCAUACGGUUAGCUGCGUAUCUUUGCAAAAAAAAAAAAAAAAAUUCCCUUUUUUUUUAUUUUUCUUUUUUCCAAACCGGUCGGAUUUCCACUGACUGCCCGCCCCAAGGGGUAAAGUUGACAACCACGCGAACCGCCUAAAUAACUUUUUAAAAAUUAUUUAAAAGGGGAAUUUAAAAUUUAGGCAUUUUUUAAAAUAUACAAGUGCACACAUGUACAUGGGCAUUGAAAAAAGGGGGGCAAGGAAAACCGCAUAGGACGACUGUGGGGGGUGGGCACAUACGUGGAGUGGCAAUGUGGGUAGAUGCAAGGCGUGGCAAUGUGGGUAGAUAAAUGCGAGCAGAUACACAUUUGUGCGUGCUUGUGCGAGAUUGCGCGGGUACAUGCACAGGCGGUGGUUCAGACGCACACAGACGGCGGCAAGCAGAGGGUGGCAUGCACAGGCACGUUCGCGCAGGCAUGGGCGCACGUCUGACUGGGAAUGACUAAAGUUGCCUCCACACCCGGUGUUAAACAAUUAGCAGUUCGCGCGCUUCUGCCUGUUCGUGGCCACGAGCGAGGCGUGAAUGAGCAUGCAGGUGUGUUUGCAUGCGGGUGUAUGUGUGUAUAUGCAUGUGUGUACGUACGCAUGUAUGUAUGAGUGCAUAUGUAUGCCUGCGUUGUAUGCCCGCGUUGUACGCUUCCGCGCGGGGGCUGCUAUCCUUUGGCUGCGUGCUCUGCCGAGUGAGAAGGCGGGGGAGGUGGGUAACUGGGGCUGCCUCCCCUGCAUGGCGCCUACCUACGUGCUACUACUUUGCUACUACUUUGCUACUACUUUCCCACGUAUUUGGCAAUUCCUCUGUGUAGUGGUCUCUCCUUCUUUGCUGCAAAAACCUUCCUCUCACACUUCCUAACGCACACAACUGUGCUGGCCCUCAGUUUUCUAUGUCCUCCUCGUCGAUGGCCACCGCCGCCGCCUGCUCCAACUCCUUCUCUGCCUCCCUGACAAUGUUCAGGUCAAUUUGGAAUUCGGGAGCUUUGGCGUGCUCUCCUACGAACACGAGGUUUGGCUGGUUAGAUAACCUUCUGGCUAGCCAAAGAAAUGGUUUCUCAAAAUUAUAAUUUGACCUUGCAGACAAAUCAUAAUAUUGCAAAUUUCUUUUCCUGUGGAAUUGUAUUUGUCUGGACUUCACUUGCCUGUCCUUUACGUCUACCUUGUUUCCCACUAAGACCAUCGGGAUGGUCUCACAGACUCGGGUAAUGUCUCUGUACCAGUUGGGGACGUUCUUGUAGGUGAUUCGAGAGGACACGUCAAACAUAAUAAUCGCGCAGUCACUCUUG